UUAGCUCAUGCUAAGAACCAAUCUCCUUUGGGAAAAUCCAAACACAUCCUCCUCAAUGGACAAAACAACCUCAACAAUAAUUAUUAUAACUUGGCGUUCCCUAAGUCCCUAAGGUACGUAUAGUAGUUUAUAUAGAAGAAGCAUUGCCACAACUUUUUGGAUCGAUCACAUGCAAAAUCUUUCGUCCGUCCAAUCCAUUGCUUUAUUAGUUUUGGAGAUUCCAUUCCUUUAAUUUGUCGUCAUUUUUCACACAUUACUAGCUAGCUACCUGCAUGCCUUAUUAAUUUCCAAUUAUUAUUAACCAAUUCAAGCAAAGCAAAAACAUUGUGACCCAUCCACUGCACGAUGGCCUCUAAUAACGCAAUGCCCUCUCGUCAUGGUUGUUCCUCCGGGCCGGGGAGUUGGACCGCGGAGCAGAACAAGGAGUUCGAGAAGGCGUUGGCAGUGUACGACAAGGACAUCCCAGACCGCUGGUCCAACGUUGCCAAGGCUGUCGGGGGCGGCAAGACCGCCGAGGAUGUGAAGAUCCAUUAUCAACUCCUCGUCCGAGAUGUUUUCUACAUCGAGAGAGGCCUCGUCCCCUUCCCCGACUACCAGAAGACGGCGUGGAAGCUAGCUUAGCUCCGUAACCUCCGUUACAUGCAUGCCGAUGAGUACGUUAAUUGAACGAACCACAAAUAAAUUAAUUAGGUAAUAAAUUAGCUUUGUUGUUUUUCAAGUUAUUUCAUGAGUACAAGUGUCAUUAUUUUUAUAGAAUUUAUUUAAUAUUACUAGCUACUUAAUGUUAGAGAUUGUUGAACAUAUAUAAUAUAUAAAUAUAAAUGUGCAAUUUAAUUAUCAA